AUUGGAUCUCUAGCGCUCGCAGUGGUGCUCACUCAUGAACCGCACCGCAGUGAGACAUUUUACCUUUUGCUGUAGCCUUUUCCACAAUGGAGAACAAGUGCAUUUUCCAUGGAAACAUGCGUGUUUGACACUUUUACUAACUUUUGUGUAUCUUCAGUUGGACCCCUUUACAUUGAGAGAAAUAUGCCGGAGCGUAUCAACAUUUCGGAGUUUGUUGCUCUGACAAACGAGGACUUGGCUUCACCGGCUACUUCGAGUUUUCAGUCCAAAAUGAGUGAAUGUCGGAACACCGUUUCGGCAGUCGAAGAGUCCUUAGAGAUGGACCAGAGCACCUUACAGAGGAUGAAGAAGAUGAUCAAGGCCAUCCACAGCUCUGGACUAAGUAAGCGCACGCACGUCCAGAAUUUGAACAAUAUAAUCUCUUUUCCCUUGGAGAAUGUCUUGAAGAGUGAGCUUAGAGACAGCAGACUGGAGUUGAAGAAACAGUUGGAGAAGAGCUGGAAGGAUUAUGACAUCAAAGUUGGGAAGCUGGAGAAGGAGAGGAGGGAGAAGAGCCGUCAGCCGGGCCUGAUCAGGAUGGAGGGAUACGAGGUGACGGAGGACAUGGAGCGAGAGAGGAGGACCUUCCAGCUGCAGAUGUGUGAGUAUCUACUGAAGAUCCAGGAGCUGAGGGUACGUCAGGGUCCAGACCUGCUCCAGAGUCUCAUCAAGUACUUCCAGGCCCAGCUCAAUUUUUUCCAGGACGGCUUGAAAGCUGCCGAGAACCUUAGUCCCUUUGUGGAGAAGCUGGCUACAUCGGUGCACAUGGUGCGUCAGGACCAGGAAGAAGAUAUUCUACUGAAGAUCCAGGAGCUGAGGGUACGUCAGGUCCGAACCUGCUCCAGAGUCUCAUCAAGUACUUCCAGGCCCAGCUCAAACUCCCUAAGACUGCUGCUACAGAUGGAGGGGAAAGAGGAGUACCAGACCAGAAAGAACUCUGGUAACGGCUACAGCAUCCACCAGCCUCAAGGCAACAAGAAGUACGGUACGGAGAAGUCAGGCUUCCUACAGAAGAGGAGUGACGGGAUUAGGAAGGUUUGGCAGAAGAGGAAGUGUGGUGUCAAGUACGGCUGUCUGACCAUCUCCCACAGCACGAUCAACCGACCACCUGCGAAGCUCAACCUCCUGACCUGUCAGGUGCGCCCCAACCCCGAUGAGAGGAGGACCUUUGACCUGGUCACACAUAAUCGGACGUACCAUUUCCAAGCCGAGGACGAGCAGGAAUGCAUGAUUUGGGUGUCGGUGCUGCAGAACAGUAAGGAGGAAGCCCUGAACACAGUGUUGGGAGGGGACCAGCCGCAGUUCCAGGACUCCGGGCUGCAGGAGCUGGCCAGGGCAGUCAUCACCGAGCUUAGACACAUGUCCGGCAACGAGGCCUGCGCCGACUGUGGAGCCCACGACCCCACGUGGCUCUCCACUAACCUGGGCAUCCUGACAUGUAUAGAGUGUUCUGGGAUCCACCGGGAGUUGGGAGUCCACUACUCCAGGAUCCAGUCCCUCACGCUGGACAUGCUCAGCACCUCCGAACUACUACUGGCAGUCAGUAUAGGCAACACCCGCUUCAAUGACAUCAUGGAGGCCAAUCUUCCCAAUGAUUCCAUCAAACCCCUCCCCCAGAGUGACAUGAAUGCCAGGAAGGAGUAUAUCGUGGCCAAGUACGUGGAACGGCGCUACGUGCUGCACAGGGACCGGGACAGGGWGGAGGGUGAGCCGUGGCGUGUGUACGAUGCCGUGAGGAGCCGGGACCUGACCGCUCUGCUGCAGCUGUACGCCCAGGGAGAGGACCUGGCCAAGCCGCUAGCACUGCCUGAGGGACAGGGAAUAGGGUGCCAUUUUGGGACACAUUCUCUGUCACCAGCAUUGACCUUUAGUACUGUCUUAGCUACACCAGCCCCCGGAGACAUACAUGUACAUCACAUUGACUCCAACUGUCUGUCGCCACUUAACAGUGUCUGUCUGGAGAAGAGGACUCUAGAGGGGAACACUGCUCUACAUUACAGCGCCCAGCACCACAAAACAGAGUGCCUCAAACUGCUGCUCAAAGGAAAGGCUGUCCUCCACACAGUGAACUCAUCCGGAGAGACGGCCCUGGACAUCGCCAGGAGACUGCAGCACUCCCAGUGUGUGGAACUGCUAGAGCUGGCCCAGAGUGGGAAGUUCAGUCAGAUCCAUGUGGAGUACAUGUGGGAGACACAGAGCCAGGACCUGUACGACAGCGAAGAUGACCUGGAUGAGAGGGUAAACACCCACAGGAACACACACACACUGAAUACGACCUGGAUGAGAGGGUAA